GUUGGUGUCCGUGCUUUAGUUUGACAGCUGUCAAAACUCCUGAUAAAAUUGAGUAUUUUGUAAUUUCCGAAAACUAUUCGAAAUAACGAUGGCUUUAUCGUUAAUUUUUAAAAACAGUGCUAGGACACAAGUUUUGUCCAAGCUACCAGCCAAUUUGUUGAAAGUAAAACCUGUAAACACAAGAGUUUUCUCACAGCUGUUGAACAAUGCAAAUACAACCAAGGGCAGUUUAGUAUCAGUUGUCAGCAAAAAUGUUAUUGCAAAACGGGUUAUGUCUGGGGAUCACAGCAAGCUGUGGCCUAUUGAGAAAGGCGUCGCUAUUGCGUUAUUGGGGGUUGUUCCAGCAACUUUCUUAAUGCCAAAUGUUAUCCUUGAUGAUGUGUUUGCGGUGAUGGUUGUAAUGCAUGCCCACUGGGGGUUUGAAGCUUGCGCCGUGGACUAUAUUAGACCAAUUAUUUUUGGCGCGGCUAUCCCCAAAAUUUCCCUGGGGAUAAUUUAUGUAAUUUCUGCCCUGACUUUGGGGGGUUUAAUUUACUACAACCACCAUAGUGCUGGAAUCGGCAAAACCAUUAGGAGAAUUUGGGAGUUGGAACCUAAGCAAACUGCAAAGAACUAAAAAAAUGUAUUAUUUUGUUAAUUCUACCUAAUUUAUUUAUUAUUAACAAUUUAUUAAAAUAUACUG